AUGCACCUGCAGCAUUCAGGGCAGGCUCCUUAUCGGUAUUUUGAAACCCCUUUAGCUCCUUCAGACGAACACAGAAUCUACCUCCAGAUUUUGCAUCCUUUCGCCCUUGAGCCCGACUCUUUGUGUGCUAUGGACUUCUUGGAAGUGCGAGAUGGAGCCUACGGCUUCUCACCACUUAUUGGGCGGUUCUGUUCCCGUUUCCCGCCUCCAGAGAAGAAGGAAAUCAGCUCCUCGGGGCAGUUCCUGUGGCUCAGAUUUCGGAGCGACAGCACCAUUCCACAUGGCGGAUUCCGUGCCAUCUACCACUUCGAAAAACUCAGUAAGUUGAAUCGUCUUCAAGUCUUUAAGAAAGCUACCAAAAUCCUCAUGCUAGUGCGACCACAAUUAGGACAGUGUGAUUCUGUUUGGAUUAGUCCGUUUCAAAUAACCGUCUAUAACGAGGCUUUGUGGGGAAUAAAUUUACUUGCUUAG